AUGAAACACAGUAAACGCUACCGUCGUCUUGGGCGAACAUCUGCCCAUCGUAUGUCCAUGUUUCGUAACAUGGUUACCUCCUUGAUAAGAUAUGAUAGAAUAGAGACGACGUUGCCUAAAGCCAAGGAGUUGAAAAAGUUUGCCGAUAAGAUGGUGACUUUAGGAAAGAAAGGAGACCGUAGUGCUGGUGAGCGAGCUAGGGCAUUUCUUCGUGAACAUUAUAUUACGAUUCCCAAACUUUUCGGUGAAAUGGCAGAAAGGUAUCGUAAUCGUGCGGGAGGUUACACGCGUAUUCAUCGAAUGGGAAGCCGGCAAGGCGAUAACGCUCCCAUGGCAGUAAUUGAAUAUGUGGAUGCACCAGGUGAUCUAAAAUACCAAAUGCUCAUUAAAACUUUGGCUCGACAAGAAUUAGAACCUGAACUUCGGAUCCCUACAGAAACGAUUGAGAAUGGUCAAGGAGGACCACAUCUAAAUAAAAAAAUGCAAGUUAGAUUGCGACAACAGAAUAAAUUCGAUCAUCAGGUAGAGAAAAUGAUGAAAGCUAAAGAUAUAUCGCAAAGGGAACUCGAAGAAAUGGUUAAUAAAGAAACCGAGGUAUUAGUUAAUCAAAAGCAAGAAGCCAAAGAAUUCAAGCUUAAAAAUAAGUUAAGAAAGAAAAAGGGUCAUUUGUCUUACGAUGCCCUAGAACUCCAUAAGAUCCAGUUUCCCAAAAAAGAAUGA